AGGCAGAGAAGCUGAAAAUGCAAUAAAAAACAAAAGAAAAUUGAAAAAAGAAAAAGAAAAAGAUAAAGAGAAAAAGCAUCCCAUGCAUUAAUUCUAAUAAGUUGAAAUUAAGAGGCUUAGGUUCCAUCUGUCCCUCACAUAUAUUCGUCUUCUUAAGCCCCUUUCUUUUAUAUAUUCCCUAUCCACCAUCACCACCCACCUCUCUCUCUCUCUACAUAUAUAUGCAUAUAUAUAACCUGCUUCCAUGGCAGAAGAGACCAGACCAACUGAACAAACCCAACCACACCCCAAAAUGACUGAAGGCCACAAUAAAGCUCCUCGCUAUUCGUAUAACGACCCACGACGUGCCCUGUGCACAUGCAUAACCAUCUUCUUCCUCCUAGCGGGCAUCACAGUGCUCACAGUAUGGUUAGUUUAUCGUCCCCACAAGCCGCAGUUCACAGUGGUCGGCGCAGCCAUCUACGGCCUCAACGCCACCUCUCCGCCCUUCAUCUCCAUCACCAUGCAGUUCACCAUCGUCACCAGAAACCCAAACAAGCGAGUGUCCAUCUACUAUGACCAUCUAUCGGUUUUCGUGUCGUACCGGAACCAGGCGAUCACGGCGCCGGUGAGCCUGCCGCCGCUGUUCCAGGAGAAGCACAGCACGGUAGCGAUGUCGCCGGUGCUGGGUGGGGGAGGGGAGGUGCCUGUGUCGGCGGAGGUGGUGAAUGGGUUGGUGAUGGACGAGGGGUAUGGGGUGGUGGGAUUAAGAGUGGUGGUGUUGGGGAAGGUGAGAUGGAAAGCCGGGGCAAUAAAGACAGGGAGGUAUGGGAUGUAUGUCAAGUGUGAUGUUUUGGUGGGUUUGAAGAAAGGGUUUGUGGGUCAAGUGCCUUUGCUCGGAUCACCACAAUGUAAAGUUGAUAUUUGACAAGUUAAUUAAUUAAUUUGUAAGCUUUUUCUUGUUCUAAUUUGCUAGUUUUAAUUUUGAAAGCCUUUUUAAUUCCCCCCUCUUAA